GUGAGAGAAAUGCUGUUGUUACCGCUGUCAUCUCUUCUAAGUUUCUUGUACCUCUCAAAACAUCAUGGAGUUUGCUGAGCUGAUCAAAACCCCUCGUGUGGAUGGGGUGGUCCUCCGCCGACCCUUCAUGCCCACUGUGGAGGGAACUCUGUGUCUGACAGGACAUCACCUCAUCUUGUCUUCUCGCCAGGACAACACUGAGGAGCUCUGGCUGCUUCAUGCUAACAUUGACUCUACUGAAAAAAGGUUUGUCGGAUCACUGGGAACUAUUAUUGUAAAGUGUAAGGACCUGCGGGUGAUUCAGCUGGACAUACCUGGCAUGGAGGAGUGUCUUAAUAUUGCCAGCUCAAUUGAAGCUCUCUCCACGCUGGACUCUGUGUCCCUGAUGUAUCCGUUCUUCUACCGUCCUUUGUUUGAGGUCAUUGAGGAUGGAUGGCAGUCGUUUGUCCCAGAGGAGUCUUUCAAAGAUCUGGAGUCUAUGACAGAUGAAUGGAGACUGAGUGAGGUAAAUAAAGAUUUCAGCGUGUGCCCCUCGUACCCGUCCCUACUGACUGUGCCCAGAGACAUCGAUGAUGAAAGUCUCUGCAAAGCUGCUUCCUUCCGCCACGGAGGCCGUUUCCCUGUGCUCAGCUACUACCACAAGAAAAACGGCAUGGUGAUUAUGCGAGCAGCACAGCCACUAACAGGAACCAAUGGACGGCGCUGCAAAGAGGACGAGAAGCUGAUCAAUGCCACGCUUUGCGCGGGGAAGCGAGGUUACAUCAUCGACACGCGGACUAUAGCUGUAGCGCAGCAGGCUAAAGCUCGCGGAGGAGGAUUUGAACAGGAAGCCAACUACCCUCAGUGGAGGAGGAUCCAUAAAGCGAUUGAGAGGUCUAAUGUUCUGCAGGACAGUCUGAUAAAGCUGGUGGAGGCGUGCAACGAUCAGUCGCACAGCAUGGACCGCUGGCUCAGUAAACUUGAAGCGUCCAACUGGCAGAGUAAUGUUAAGGAAAUCCUCACAACGGCCUGCCUGGCUGCACAGUGCAUUGACAGGGAAGGGGCGUCAGUGCUGGUUCAUGGCACAGAGGGCACUGAUUCAACACUGCAGGUCACGUCUCUCGCCCAGAUCAUCCUCGAUCCGGCAUGCAGAACCAUCCGUGGCUUUGAGGUGCUGAUUGAGCGAGAGUGGUUACAGGCCGGUCACCCGUUCCAGCAGCGCUGUGCACAGUCUGCAUACUCAAACGGGAAGCUCCGAAGUGAAGCGCCUGUGUUUCUGCUCUUCCUGGACUGUGUGUGGCAGAUCCUGCGGCAGUUCCCUUGCUCCUUCCAGUUCAACGAGAACUUGCUGAUCAUGCUCUUCGAGCAUGCCUAUGCCUCUCAGUUUGGCACUUUCCUUGGAAACUGCGUGGCCGAGAGGGGGAAGCUGCAGCUGUCUCAGAAAACUGUUUCUUUGUGGUCGUGGGUGAACAGACCUCAGGAGCUGGAGCGAUUUCUCAACCCACUAUAUGAGCCCAAUAACCUGGUCAUCUGGCCGUCUGUGGCUCCUCAGAGCCUGCUUCUGUGGGAGGGGGUAUUCCUUCGCUGGAAUCGCUCUACAAAGUGUUUGGACGAGGCCUAUCAGGAGAUGGUCCAUAUUAUAGAGUACAACAAGGAGCUGCAGAACAAAGUGAACAGCCUGCGCAGGCAGCUGGCCCAGCUCGAGACAGAGGACAGCCCACUGCAGACACCAUAGGACAUCAACAGAAUGGUAUCCUUCUGAUUUGCCAUCUCUGUCUUACUGAAAUAAGCCUCACACUCUUGUAUCUACACUCCUCUGAUCGUACUCUUUCUUUCUGUCUCCAUUGGUCUCCAAUGUGUUCUACUCUCUGGCCACUAGAUCUGCUGCUCUAUUAAUAUAUCAUUGUAGUUUUCUUCCUUAAACACUAUGCAUCACUUGUCAUUAUUAUGAUGUGUUUCAUGUAAAACACUUUAAACUGAUUAGCAGGUUAUGAUAUGGAUGUCAUGUCAUUAGAGAUUGUACAUUGGUGCUUUGGUUUACAUGUUCUCAAAGAAAAGGGACUGCUGAUGUGCCUUUUUUUCAUUUUAAGUCGUGUGCCAUGAAGUGCAAUAGAAAACACAAUUAUAAAAUAAAACAAAAGGGAAAGUAUUGGACUGACUAUUAGAUGCUGGAAAUAUCAUUUGAAUCUAACACAGGUGGUUUACAUAGUCUUACAUGAUCCCUAACUCCUUCCAAAGAGACACUGGCCACAUGAUUAAAGAGAGAGUUCACCCAAAAAUGUGGUCCAAGAUGUAGAUUAAUUUGUUGCUUCAUCAGAACA